GAGUCUGUCUGGAUGUAUUUAAAUUAAAUUCACGAUGCCUAUCCAUCCAUGAAACUGUGAAUUUGAACAGAACUGCACAAAAGUUUGCUAUUUUUGUUGCUUUUUCAUAAAUUACUGUCCUUAUGAAAAGAAGACCUUAGUUUAUGGGAUCAUUUUUUUUUGUCACCACAAACAUUUUCAAAUUGUGCUUGAUGAGGUGCAAAGGCAAUUUACACACAGGUACUCAUUUCAACUAAAUAUAAAGACACUCCUUUACCUUUUCUUAAAAAUGUUAUUUGAAUUCAUUAUUAGUUGUUUUCAAACACUAAAUUUGCAAUUUUGUUCUUUCUAUUCCUUAUUUUUUUUUUUGCUAAUUGUUUCUUUUUGUUAAAAAAAAUCACUAACAUUUUGGUACAUAAUUAAUAUUUUUUUUUCUUUAUUUGUAAUAGUUAGUUAAAUUUUCAGCAAUAAUAAAUGUUAAAAUCCCCUACUGAGUUCAGCCCGUCAAACAAUCCCGCUGACGUUGUCUAUUGGUGGUGUCUGCAGUGUGGCCCCUCCCCGCGGCGACCCUCACUAACCCUCCAAUAGCUUCAUGUAUUUGUAUGAAUAUACAUGAGGUGCUCUACAGCUAUGGGACCUCUGCCGGUGUAGCCAGCUGCAGCCGGUUCAUUUGGGUCGGUUUUCAGGGGUCUCCCUUCCAUCCCAGAGAAAGGAUCAGAUACUUUUCCUUUCUCACUCCUGGGGAGAUCAUGGCAGGGGCCCCAGGAAUUAAAGGGCUGUUCCUUGUAGUUUUCUUGCAGCUCAUCUUUCUUUGCUCCUCUCAAGGACCCCCAGGCCCCCCUGGAGUUCCGGGAAUUGACGGCAUUAAUGGGGAAAGAGGAGAAGAUGGGAAGGAUGGUCCACAGGGGCCUGAUGGGGAUGCAGGGAAACCCGGCUCAUCAGGAAUCCCUGGAAUUCCUGGAAAUGAUGGUUUGACGGGUCCAGUUGGAGAUCCUGGACCUGACGGUCCUCCUGGACAGAAAGGCGAGCCUGGAGCAUCUGGGCCUCGUGGAGAAGCUGGUGUUGGACCAGAUGGACCCCCUGGACCGCCAGGGCCUGCAGGACUUCUAGGUGAAGUGGGAAAAGUUGGCCCACCUGGGGCCAUGGGAGUGAGAGGGCCACAGGGACCCCGGGGGCCAGUGGGACCCAGAGGUGCUGCUGGUAUGCUCGGAAAUGCUGACCUUUGUCCAAACUCCUGUCCACCUGGCACUCCUGGACAUCCUGGUCUUCCUGGCAUGAAGGGCCACAAGGGAGUAAAGGGUGAAGCUGGGGAACCUGGGAAACAGGGGCACAAGGGUGAAGAGGGAGACCAGGGAAGUCCAGGAGAAGUUGGAUCUCAAGGACCAACAGGACCUCAGGGAAUCCGCGGCUCCACUGGCAUGAUGGGCCCCAAAGGAGAAUUGGGAGCUCGGGGACCUGAUGGAGAUCCGGGUCCUCAGGGAGUGGCAGGGGCAAUUGGGGACCACGGCCAAAGAGGCGUGAUGGGUGAGCCUGGGCCUAAAGGUGAAACGGGGGUUCAAGGACCAAGAGGAAUCACAGGGUUGCCGGGUCCAAAGGGAGAACCUGGUUUGCCAGGUGUUGACGGACGUGAAGGUAUUCCAGGGUUGCCAGGAGGAAAGGGAAGUGUUGGGAAGCCAGGUGUACCGGGAGAAAUUGGACCUCAAGGGCUUCCAGGUUUGCCUGGUGCUCCUGGACCAAAAGGCUUGAGUGGCCUGAAGGGUGAUGCAGGUCUGCCAGGACUCCCUGGAGAGCUGGGCUCAGCUGGAAAAACUGGUGAGCGAGGAGAACAAGGAGAAUUGGGACCCGUCGGACCCAUCGGUGAGCCUGUGAGUGUUUUAUUUUUUUCACUUGUUUCUUUUUUUUGUGCCCUUUCUUUUACAUAUAAAAGACAUUUUCUUCUUUUUUUCAUUUCCACACAGGGGGACAUUGGAGAGCAAGGCCCUGUUGGUCCAGCUGGCAAGCCAGGAGCAAGAGGAUCUAAAGGAGAUCCUGGUCUCCCUGGGUUCCCAGGUCCUCCUGGACUUCCUGGGACAAAAGGAGAAAGGGGAGAACGAGGAGAAUCCGGACCUAAAGGAGAUCAAGGAGCACAAGGUGAUGAGGGAAAUCCAGGAGAAAAGGGCGAAGUUGGUGAUCCAGGAGAACCUGGAGCCAAAGGAGAGACUGGUGUACCUGGAGAGGCUGGAAAAAGAGGUCCUGAGGGAAGUCGGGGUCAGCCUGGCAUUGAAGGGCCUCCGGGCUCAGCGGGGCCCCGUGGGAUGCAAGGAAACAGAGGUCCACGUGGAGUCAGAGGGUCACAGGGCCCGGCGGGUAAAGAACCAAGUGAUCAGCACAUCAAACAAGUCUGCAUGCGAGUCAUGCAAGAACAGCUGGCUCAGUUAGCUGCUAGUUUAAGGAGGCCAGAAUCGGGAGCUGCCGGUUUACCUGGAAAACCUGGACCUCCGGGGCCUCCUGGGCCCGCAGGAGACAACGGCUUUCCCGGACACGCUGGAGCGAGAGGGCUUCCGGGACUUAAAGGCCCACCAGGACAGAUGGGUCUUAAAGGACCCAAAGGUGACAUAGGGGACAGAGGGGCCAGAGGACCCACUGUGCGAGGGCCUAAAGGCCAACCAGGACCUCCUGGACUUCCUGGAGAGCCAGGCAAAGCUGGGUAUGGUCAGGAUGGUCGGGAUGGGCAAAGAGGACCUCCUGGUGUUCCCGGACAGCCUGGCGUACCCGGACCUCCUGGUUCCGCUGGUCUGAAUGGUUACUGUGACCCAUCAGCCUGCAACCUCCAGGCUGGGGCUAUGCAGCAGUCUCUGGAUGUGAAAGGACCUGCGGGAAACUAAGAGACACUCUGGAAGAGACAAAAAGACUAUUUCCUCUGAAAACACAUUUGUCACGAUUUUCUCCCCGGGUCUGCAGUCGGUGUGGCGACUUUGAUACAUUAACCUCUUCAUGAGAGCUUGUUUAAUGGCAACAACAUCUUUCUCAAAGGGAACCAGCAUCUUUAAGCUGUGAACACUCAAAGAUUCUGGAUUAUUUGUUGAAUUGGAAAGCUUUUUUGCUGUCAUUUUUGUUUUGAGAAAUAUUUUGAUACAGUAAGUGAGAAUUUGCUUCCUGAAAUGAAAAAGGAGAUCUGAGUUUUUCUUAUGAUAUUCUCCAUUUCCUGUAUUUUCUUAAAUAAAAUUUCACUCAGGAAGGUUCUAAAUAAAGAUUGAAGUCAAACGAGAAAUACUUUGAACGAGGAAAUCCUUCAUUUUCUGUGAUUAUGUUCAAAAUUUGAAUCUGAAAAAAACCCACAAAAGUGUAUUUCUACAUGUCUUGCUGCCUCACCAACCCUGCAUUUCCACUUUGAAGGCUCUUGCUGGUUUAAAUAUGUGUUAGAGGCUGUCUCUUUAGUGUCUGUUGUAAAUCUGUAAAAAUGUGUGAAAUGCAGUAAAUUUUAUUUCCUAAAAAAAAUGAAACGAUGUAAGAUUUUGUCUCCUUGUACAGAAUGAAAACAAAGGGGAACUGUGCAUGUGGGAAUGAGGCAUGAAAGAACAAAAAAAAAAAAA